CGCGCACAGCCGCUCCGCCUCCAAGGCGUUGUGGAAGAAAGGAUCACAGUCAAGGGAUUGUUCAUAAAGACGAUAUCAAUGUGUCGAUCAUAUUGAUAUGACCAAAUACAGCCACGCAAAACAGUGUGCGUGGAUUUUAGGAUCUAGAUGGUGUAAAUUGGCCGCGAUCCGCGCGCUCUGAAGGGACGCGUCAGAAAACCAGGUUCUGUAAAGCGCCUUGUGUUUACACAGGAACCAUCCAAAGCCACGUUUUGGGAGCCCAGCAUGCAGCGCAGACUUCAUCUGACUGGAGCAGCGCCUCAUAAACAAUUAGUUUAACUCCCUCUGAGGAGGAGCUGCGCAUCGGGUGCGCUUUUGGAUAACAUGGAGGAUUGCAGUUGAAGGCACAUGCUGUGCGUGCAGCUAAGCGCCUGGUUAUAUUAGCGUAAAGUGUGGGUGUGAAAAUGGAAACAUUUUCAAAGUGAUCAGAACUCCGGGCUGCAGGGAAUGGUUAGAAAGCGCUUUUAGGUCCGCGUCGCUGUUUGCUUGUUUUGAAGGGAAGAGUGUGCAGGGUGAACAUGGAGAACCAGGAGGAGAAGGGGAGCAGGACGGACAAACGCUUCGCCCUGACUUAUGUCGGCUGGUGCUCGCUGGACAGGAGGACCACCUUGCCCAUGCUGCCGUGGCUGGUGGCUGAGAUCCGCCGGAGGGGCGAGAGGGGCGACUGCGGCCCCGUCAUGCAGCCCAGAGAAGUUCAGCUGCUGCUCAACCGCCCCUUCGUUCGCUGCGUCCCUUCCAACAGCAGCAACUCCUCUGUUUUCAUAUUCGAGCACAAAGCUCAGCUGAUCUCUCGCUUCAUCCAUAACAGCAAUGACCUCACUUGUUUUUCCUAUCUGCUGCGGGGCCAGCCGGACAACUCGGAGUCCGAGAUGUCCUGUCACGUCUUCAAGGCCUGCGACCCCAACCAGGUCCCUGAGGUAAUCAGCAGCAUUCGCCAGGUUUCCAAAUCUGCUCUAAAGGAAGAAACCAAGCCCAAACAGGAAGCUGAAGAGGCCUUUUACAACUCUCAGAAGUUUGAAGUGCUUUACUGUGGCAAGGUUACAGUGGUCCACAAGAAAGCAUCCUCAACCCUCAUCGAUGAAUGUGUUGAAAAAUUUCGCCAGCACGAGACUGAACGGAAGCGCCUGCGGCUUCUUAACGGACAGCGAGGGUCGACAGAGACUUUCCCUGUGGAUUUAAUCAUUCUAGAAGACCCACUCUCUACUGCCAUCAGUAGGACUGCAGAGGAACCUGAAGCUCUGGGACUGGAGGACAUGACGAUAGGUAAAUGUGCGUCCAGCAGUGCCAGUCAGAGCAGUCUGCGGGGAGCCUUUCCUGAGUGCAUCCUGGAGGACUCUGGGUUUGAGGAGCCUCAAGAGUUCCGCACUCGCUGCAGCAGCCUGGCCGGGAGUCUGCAGAGGAAGCCGGGGGAAGGCGUCAUCAUGGGUCCCACGCGCCGCAGACACGCAAGUGCGCCCAACAACGUGCAGCCAUCUGAUUCUGAUAAAAACCGAACUAUGCUGUUCCAGGUUGGACGGUUUGAAGUGAACCUGAUCAGUCCGGAUAGUAAAACAGUGGUGCUGGAGAAGAACUUCAAAGAUAUCUCAUCCUGCUGUCAGGGUGUAAAGCAGACCGACCAUUUCGGAUUCAUCUGCCGGGACCAAUCAGAGUCCGGUCCGGGUCAGUACAUGUGCUACGUCUUCCAGUGUGCCAGCGAGUCCUUGGUUGAUGAGGUGAUGCUGACCCUGAAGCAGGCCUUCUCCAUCGCUGCAGCCUUACAAAGCAAUAAGACUCCAGUGCAGCUCUGUGAAGCAUGCCCCAUGCACGACCUGCACAAGCUCUGCGAGAGGAUUGAGGGUCUUUACCCACCCAGAGCCAAGCUGGCCAUCCAGAAAUACCUCUCCCAGUUAACUGAUAAUGAGCAGGCAGAGAUUUUUGAGCGGGUUCAGAGACUGAAGCCUGCCUCUGACCAAGAGGAGAAUGAGUUGGCGAUUAUGUAUCUAAGGCAACUCUGCGAAAGCAAACAGAAAUCCCAUCUUCAUAUCGGAGAAGCCCCUCAGAAUGCAACCAAUAGCGCAGCUACAGGAGAUGGCGCAGCCACCGGCAGUCGAUUCAAACUAGAUAUCCUCAAGAAUAAAGCCCGCACAUCCCUCACCAACUCCCUUGAAAACAUCUUCGCCAGGGGAAGCAGAAUGCGGGGCCGCCUGGGAAGCAUGGGAAGCGUUAGCAGUUUCGAAAGACAGGAUGAAGAGUCUCCUGGUCACUCCCCUCCAGGUUCGCCUCCCGCCUUCCCGGACGACGAGCAGGAAUUUGGACCUCAGUUCCGUCGGCGCGCUCACACCUUCAGCCACCCGCCGGUGAGGAAGCGGAUCUCCUUCGAGAGCCAGCCUGCCAACCAGAGCAAACAGGCUCCUCUUCGCAGACAGCACUCUGUUAACCCAGAGCUGCUGCAGACCAGUCACGUGGCUGUGACGAGGACACGCAGCGUUUCAGAGAGCGAGUCCUCCUUCAGCCUCCCCUCCACCUUCUCUGCUCCAACUUUCCUGAAAAGCUUUUACCAGGGCUCGCUGGGCUCCCUGGCAGACAGUGGGAGCUUCAAGAGCAAUGGAGAAGGCAGGAAAAGGACGCUGUCGAGCUGCAGCAAUGACUCUCUGAGCGGAGGUCUCCCUCUGACCCCACGCAGGGUCUCCUGGAGACAGAAGAUCUUCCUGCGGGUCGCCUCACCCAUGCCCAAGCCAUCUGCAUCUAUGCAGGACACAGAUGACUCCGAUGCCACGGAGCUGCUGCCUCUAUCGCCUCGUGCCUCGGACCCCAGCCUGGACCCUUUGAGGCGCCUUUUAUCCCCAGCAUCGCAUCAGCUGUCUGAUAAGCACCCCAAAAGGACAGGAGCCGAUUAUAGGGCUCUCUGGAAAACCGCAAUCCACCAGCAGAUCCUCCUGCUGCGCAUGGAGAAGGAGAAUCAGAGGUUAGAAGAAGCGAGCCGAGAUGAGCUGCACAUCCGCAAACUGAAGCUCAACUACCAGGAAGUGUGCCCCUGCUCCCAGGAAGCUCAGGCGCUCUGGGAGAAAAAGCUGACAGCUCCAGGCAGAACCACAAACCCUCAGGAUAAGGAGGACAUAUACAGAGCAAUUUGCCAAGGAGUGCCAAAAAGUAGACGAGGAGAGGUCUGGUUUCUCCUUUCCCAUCAGCAUCGGCUGCAGCACAGACUCCCCCAUCGUCAGCAAGCCCCAGACACCCCCUACUACGACCUGCUCAAGCAGCUCACCGCACAGCAGCACGCCAUUCUGGUGGACUUAGGUCGGACCUUCCCCACCCACCAGUACUUCUCAGCCCAGCUUGGUGCAGGCCAGCUUUCCCUCUACAAUUUGCUGAAGGCCUACUCUUUGAUGGACACAGAGGUCGGCUACUGCCAGGGCAUCAGCUUCGUGGCCGGCGUGCUGCUGCUCCACAUGAGGGAAGAACAAGCUUUCGACAUGCUGAAGUUCCUGAUGUAUGAUCUGGGCAUCAGGAGGCAGUACAGGCCCGACAUGGUCUCCCUGCAGAUUCAGAUGUACCAGCUGUCCAGGUUGCUGCACGAUUACCAUCGGGACCUGUACAAUCACCUGGAGGAGUACGAGAUCGGGCCCAGCCUCUACGCCGCGCCGUGGUUCCUCACCCUUUUUGCCUCGCAGUUCCCGCUUGGCUUUGUGUCCCGCAUCUUUGACUUUGUAUUUGUACAGGGUACAGAGGCAAUCUUUAAAGUGGCCCUCUGUCUGCUGAGCAGCCAUGAGGGGGAGAUAGUGGAGUGUGACAGCUUUGAGAGCAUUGUGGACUAUCUGAAAACUACCCUCCCCACCCUGACACACACACAGAUGGAGCAGACCAUCGCAAAGGUAAUGGAGAUGGAUAUCUCCAAGCAGCUGCAUGCAUAUGAAGUGGAGUACCACGUCCUGCAGGAUGAGAUGUUAGAUGCCGGGCCGCCGCCCGAUGACUCGGACAGACUCGACAAAUUAGAGAAGACCAACGUCCAGCUGAAGAAACAGAACAUGGACCUGCUGGAAAAGCUUCAAGCUGCACGGCAGAAGAUUCAGACUCUGGAGACGAGCGUGGAGAACUUCCUCUCUCGGGAGAGCAAAAUGAAGCACAUGAUUCGCUCCCUGGAGCAAGAGAGGACAGCGUACCAGAGGACCAUUGAACGCAUGCGCUCCAGUCUUCCCCCAGACGCUCUGACAGAUGUGGAGAUGACCCAGAUCAAAACAGGACCCAAUGGGAAAGCCAAAACUCCAGCCAAGAAGCCCUGAUGCCAAUGGGUUGGGUUGGGUUGGGGGUGGGGGGAUAUAGCCAUGCUGGGCAGAUGCAGCAGCUUAGAUCAACAAACAGACAAUCGAAGACUGCUGAGAGGAGGGCUGAUGAGCCCUGCUUUACCUCUGUGGUGAAGUGUGGCAACCGUUUUUAUAGAGGCGUGACGUCUUCAGACGGACAGACUGUUUGGGAAACAUGUUGGUUGUGUUUGCGAGGAGAUAAAGGAGCAGUGGGAGGAUGAUUUCAGUGAAUUUCUCAGUGUUUCCGUUCUGCUGUUCUUCUCGUAUGAUUCACAACCAGUUUGAAGGUAAAAUCAAAGACCAGAUCAUCCUUCGACGGUUGGAUCAUUCGUGAGUGUGUGUGUGGGGGGUUUCUAUGUUAGCACUGCCUCAAUGUAUUUACUACCUGCCAGAGUAACUCCACAGAAGCUGCCUGUUGGCACCUCAGACCUUACAGCCAUUAACCAGUGGGCGAUCCAGGAGUAUUUUGUAGUUCUUAACUUUUGUCUUUUAUGGAAGCUUUGCCUCUUUGAUUUAUUUUAAAUUCAUCACCUCACAUUUUUCUGAAUGUACACUCUCUGGCAUUAAUUAACAGCAGAUUUAGAGUUUAGCAUUACCGGAAAAUGUUCAGUUCUGUUCCGUUUUCUCAAGAAGGAAGUGUUUCUUCCAGAUCUUAGACAGGAUGUGAGGUCACCUGCCUCCUCGGUUUCCUUUAGACUCUGGCCGGAGAGACGUCUCUUCUUUUAGCACCGCCUUCAGACUCCCAGGCAGAACUUGCUCUCCCCAGGAGGCGCAGACUAAACAGACUGAGGUGGAGACGUGAUCUGUAUGUACACACUGCUGUACUUAAGAGCAACAACAAAAAAGAUGCUUCCGAUGCUUUGAUACUAUAGUUUCUGCAGCAUCUCCAAUUCAUAGCUGUUGAACUGAUUCACAUUUUGUCUCACUGGACCUUAUCAAUACAAAGAGGCACUCAAUUCUGAAAUAGAAGAUAAAUUAAGCACCCAUCUGUUGUCUAUAGCCACUUUGUGUUGCACAGAGGGGAGGCGUCUCAAUCUCAAAUGGUUACUGGGGAGAGGUGGGAUACACCUUAAUAAUUUUGCCUGUCACAGAGGACUGAAACACUUUCAUACCUCAGGGUGAUUUAAAAAGCGUAUUUUGGGCUGUGGUACCCAGGUAAAAAUGAGGGUAACAUACGAAACUCCAUGCAGAAAGAGCAAGAGUCCCGACUUCAGAGGAACCUAUUGCUUACUGGGUAUAUUGCUAGCCACUGUUGCCUUUGGACGCCUUUUACUCUGAUACCACCAAAUAAACUGCUGUGCAACCACUUGCCUCUUGAAGUCAGUUAGCGGUCUUUAUCUUCAGCUGCCAAUUGAAGUCUUUGAGAGUCAGUGAGAUUAUAAUAAAGUAUCAUGAGUGUUCAUUAAAAAGAAAAGUAAUGAUUUAGUCAAACAGCAAAGAUGCCUUUGGAUAGGCAGGAGGAGCUGCAGAGAUCUACUGCUCAGGUGGACUGGAUAUUGGAAGUCAACUACUUGUUCUCCAUUGAUUGUGUCUAACCUAUAGAGGAGUGGGAAGAGCAAGGACCUUUUUGAAAGAAUCUAAUUAGAAGUUCUGUUUGCAGUUUGCCAAAAGCCAUAUCGGAGAUUUUUUUUUAUGUCACAAGCAGGUUAGAGUGGAUGUGAUGUGAAAUUGGAUUUUAGAUCUGUUAGAACCUGCAAAACGAAGUGGAGGUUCACCUUCCACCAGGACAACCACUUUAAGCCAACAGGUCAAAGUCUAGACCCCAUUUUAAUAGAGAAUCUGUGGAAACCAUUGAAAAUUGAUGUUCAAAGAUGCUCUCCACCCUUCCUGACCUAGAUUAGGCUUUUGCAAAGCCGGCAGAGACACAGUCCAAGAUACCUAAAGUUAAUUGCAUAGAAAGGUUAUUAUAUGAUUGACAUAUUUUUGUAAGAU